AUGAUCAGUUAUUCACUUCUUUCUUUCCUUACACGUAGGUCGUUCGAAAUGAAUGUUAAAGUUGAAGAGCCCGGAAAAGAUAAUGUACACAACAAUGCUUUCUACCCAGAAGAGGAACUUCUCAGGACUGAAUCACAGGCAAUGCGUGAUUGCAAUCCUCUCUCUUCUGCCCGCCAUUGGAUUGUAUGUGUUUGGAGUUACACACAUCCUCGAUUGGAAGAUUGGCCAGUCAUGCCAGUGGAGCACGUCGGUUUCAUGCUCAUGCCACAUGGGUUCUUUAAUUGCUCCCCGGCGGUGGAUGUGCCUCCAAGUACGGGCGAUUGCGAGCUCAAAGACGCUGUAACUCCAACAAAGCCUAUCCAACAUCCCCUCAUUGCCAAGCUAUGAUGUCAGAAAUUUAUUUCAUUGUUGGCAACCUAUUGAAAUUUGCCGCUUAGUCCUUUGCUAUGCUUUGGUUUGCUGACUUGUUCGUCCAAUGGAACUGUAGCAUUCUCGCCAUUGCUGUUUUAUGGAGCCUCCCCUUGAACACUACCUGUUACUUGUCACUUGUCUCCCAAGUUUUCCCCUUUCUGUUUGCUGUGGCUUCUCUUUGUUUUAGCUCUUCCAUCCUUGGGGCAGAUCUCAAAUGCUCUAGAGAUUUCUUAAUUUCAUCAUAUGAUUGAACGAGCAGGGUAAGGCGAGAUCACGAGUCAGGAUGGAUUGGUUUAUUAUGGAUCAAUUUUGUGGUAUGAGUUAUUAACAAAUCGUCACGAAUAGCGAUCGGUAGAAACUGGUCGUUCUGUUUGAAU